ACCGAAAAUUAAUCAAUGAAGGUGUGUUCCGAAACAUAAUUUUACACAUCAAAAUUGAUAAUCAGCGCGUUGAUAAACAAACCAGCUUCGUCGAAUCCGCUUAAUCCGCCGAUAAAAUAAAUUGGUGUAACAAUGCCAUGCCAUAAAUAACGUGGUGCAGUGAGUUACAGGAGGUAAUUAAUCCGGAAAAACUGUCAUGAUGAGUUCCAGCGGCCAAUCCAAGCUAAAAAAGAAACAUUUUCGGGUGAAACAUCAAAAGGUAAAACUAUUCAGGGCGAACGAGCCGUUCCUCAGCGUGUUCAUGUGGGGCAUUAAUCACACGAUUAAUGAACUGAUGCACGUUACAAUUCCUGUUAUGUUGUUGCCGGACGAUUUUCGAGCUUAUUCCAAAAUAAAGAUUGAUAAUCAUUUAUUUAAUAAAGAAAACAUGCCCUCACAUUUCAAAGUGAAGGAGUAUUGCCCAAUGGUGUUUAGAAAUAUCAGAGAGAGAUUUGGAAUUGAUGACUUAGACUACAAAGAGUCUCUUACAAGGUCCCAACCUCUGCCCGACGACUCUGCCGGCAAGAGCGGAGCAAAAUUCUACCAAAGCUACGACAAAAUCUUUGUGAUCAAAACGCUAACCUCCGAGGAAGUGGAACGGAUGCAUUCGUUUCUAAAACACUAUCAUCCCUACAUAGUCGAAAGACACGGCAAAACACUUCUGCCCCAGUACUUGGGGAUGUACCGACUAACCGUCGAUAAUGUAGAGACCUACAUCGUUGUCACCCGGAACGUAUUUUCCAACCACCUGAAUGUCCAUCGCAAGUUCGACCUGAAAGGAUCGACUGUCGAUCGCGAGGCAUCCGAAAAAGAGAGGGAAAAAGAGUUGCCUACGUUAAAGGAUAACGAUUUCGUCAACGAACAAAUGAAAGUUUACAUCGGCGACGAGGCAAAGUCGAAACUAAUGGAAACUCUGACAGCGGACGUCGAUUUUCUCACCAAACUACAUUUGAUGGACUAUAGCCUUUUGCUGGGCAUCCACGAGGUGGAGCGGGGCGAGCAGGAGCGGCAGCGGGAAAAAGAGCUCGAGGCCGAGAACCAGCAGGACUCGGACGAGAGCGAGUCCGGCUCCGGCCUCGAGAACCGCAACAUGGGCUUUAACACCCCGCCGGAUUCGCCGAGCGGGGUGGCCCACUAUCUGAGAGAGCACAGUCUGCAGUACGAAGGUAAAUUGAACAAAAUUUACCAGUAUGUUAACCACGUUUCAGGAGGCAUAAUCCCGGAGUUAGACAUCUACGCCAUACCUAGUUGCGAUACCGCCCCCGUCAAGGAGAUCUACUUCGUCGCGAUCAUAGACGUGCUGACGCAUUACGGCGUCAAGAAGCAGGCCGCGAAAGCGGCGAAAACUGUCAAGUACGGCUCGAACGUGGACGGAAUCAGCACGUGCGAUCCGGAUCAGUACGCCAGGCGGUUCAUAGAUUUUAUGUCGAAAGCGAUCGAAUAAUGCACCGAUUCGUAAUCAUCCGUUACCGGUUCUUCAUAGCCACGCCCCCCAGCGAUUUAACGACUUACCGAAAUCGAUCAGCGGUGACGUCACAUGCCAGUAAAUAACGUUUACUCGGUAUCUGAGAACUAUGCGUCUGUGAUAAAGUAGCAAUUAUUUUAAAAACGAUAAACAUGCAGAAUUUGUAGUACACGACAUUUAUAAGCCUGAAUUAUUCACUAUUUUAUCAGUUACGAGCUGCUUUUUGUUAGUUAGUUUUCGCUCAAAGUUGGUGCAAUGUAACUGUCUAUAAGUAGGCCCAUAAGUGGAUUUCACCCUCAAACAAAUUAGUACGAGAAAUACUUAAAUGAAUUAUGGAUUGUUGGGAUUUAUAACUUUUUUUUUACAGUGAAUCUCAGUAAAAAAGUAACGUCAACAGUUAAGCACUGACCCCUUUCUUAUUUGCAGUCUUAUGAUGUCACUGGCGGCUUUUUAAACAUCCAUGUUUAAUUGCUUUAUUUCCGAAAACUAAAUGUUCUGAAAUGCUGAGGGGCGUGGUCACUCUGGCAUCUGCGGUUCGGCUUGCAAACACGACCGGUAACGAUUGUGUUGGUUGCAUAGGACUGACUUUAUUGCUUUAACAGUGUUUCCUUAUAAUUUUUCCGGGGAGCGUCCGUUUCUGCGGCAGCUGGGGCGGGGGUUACUUCCUCUUCGUUUAUAUUUAAAUACCGAGUGUUUUUUUUUUGGUGUGUUGACUGCUAUCAUAAAUAGGAACGAAAAAUAAGCAAUAGUUUUUUCUAGUCCCACGCGCUAGCCAUUUCCAGUGGAAAGAUGUGUGAUUUUUUUUGUGUGUAGGGUUGAUGGGGCAGCGCCCCCUCGUUAUUGUUUACUUUUUGAUAUUUUUUUUUGUUUGGAAAAGUAAUACGUUCAGGAGGAAAACAUUCAACACAUCGGUGGGGUAGGGGGGCGGGGGUUAUUUUUCGUGAUAUAAAAUGUAAACUUUAAAUAGUAUUCCGUAAUAUGGCGGCCCGGAGGGUAUUAGGAUAUUCGAUCCGCACUGUUUAAAGGGGAAAAAAUCCGGAACGCGUGGGAUGCCCGCGGGCCCCCUCAAUAAUUCUGUACAUAAAUACUAGCGUUUAUAUGUACAUAGAUAUCGAAACAUGUUUGUGAUGUAUUUUCUGUAUGUUUUUUUCUAAUAUUAUUCGUGUUUAUAUUGUUAAUUUUUAUUAUUCUAUAAUAGAUUAUGGAAAUUUUGUUUUUUUUUGUUUUUUUUUUUUCGCGUCAUUGGUCAUUCUCGUCCGGCAAUUAAAAUUCGCAAACAUUCUGCUUUACGGGGUGACAGUAAAAGUGUUGAGUGUUGAGAAAUUAUAUGUCACAUCCCUUCUAUAAAAUCGAUAUACUUAGUCCCCCUUGUAUUCGCUAGGUGGCACCACAGCUUCAAAGUAAAGGCAAAAAACUGUGGAAUAACUGACCAUACAUAGUAUACUCGCCAUCUAUUGUCUUAAAGUAUUAACCUCAUUCCUGUUUUCGUGCUUUGGUGGCUCCUGUUCAUUUUUAUUCGGUGUCAGUUUUUUCAGCGUUGGUCGUUAAAUGGGGAAGUGCAAGCGCGAUUUACCUUCUUACUGAUUGGACGAAGAAAAAAUCUAUAUAGGAAUGAGUGAUACCGCUUACUUAGUACGUUGUUCUGGCUUCUUUUGACCGUUGACUCCGUUCGCGUCGUUAAUUGCCGGAAUGAAAGUUUUGGUUUGGAAUUUUGUAAAAAUUAAUAAACUGAUGCAGGUACAGUAGUUGAUAUCGGUGGUGAUAUCCUUAGUAAAGAAAAUUAUUACUCGUAAUGUUGCAAAACAAAUGUUUAUAACGUAGAACGGUGGCUGAGUAUUCGCCGAUUAAAAAUAAACUCAAAACGAUAAUAAACUUUUAUCACGUAACGGUCAAAUAUGAUCAACUCGCUUUUGAUUGAUAUAAGCCGCCUUUUUCUAAGAUAAUACACCGGACUAUUUUUGGAUACCCUGAGGAUGCCAUUUUCGUAAAUUUAUCGGUUGUGAAUAGCACAAUACCAAAACACUUGUUUUUGUUACCAUUUUCACAGAAAACUGCAAAUUCCGCUUAUUGUAACUUUGAAUACGAAACUAAUAAUAGUGCAUUUAACUUGUUGCUGUGGUCCUAUUUAUAUCAUUUUUGAUAAAUACUUGCUAUAUUCGACUUUUAAAUGUUUGCUAUUUGAAUUUUUAAUAAAAACUGUAAACAUAUGGUAGUGUUUAAUUUGCCCU